AUGUCCACCUUUCAGAGACAGUAUGUCUCCAACCUUGUUCCUGGAAAUCAAAAAUUGUUCACGGCGAUCUUGAUCAUGGUUGCCGUGGUCAAUUCUGCGACUCUCGGUUAUGAUACUUCAGUGAUGAAUGGGCUGCAGAUUCUCCCAUCCUACAGCGAGUACUUCCACCUCAAUGUGGCGACCACUGGACUAAAUAAUGCUGCCUCAUGGAUGGGUAGCAUACUUUGCACCCCCUUGCUUCAAUUUGUGCCGGACAAAUUCGGACGCAGGAAGGCCAUCAUGGUGUCUGCAACCGUGUGCUUUAUCGGAAUCACUCUCCAGGCGGCGGCUCAAAAUAUCGGAAUGUUCAUCGUGGCCAGGAUCAUUGUCGGCCUAGGCACGCAACUCUCCAGCGGCGCCGCACCUGCGUUGCUGGGUGAACUCUUGCCUGCCAUCACCCGUGGACGCAUCCUGGGAUUCUUCUUCUCAUGCUUCUAUGUUGGAAGUCUGACAUCCGCCAUUAUCAACUAUGGAAGUCAGCACAUCCAGUCAACUUGGUCAUGGAGGUUGCCGUCGCUCCUUCAGAUCAUGCCCAGUCUUGUGGCACUUUGUCUGUUGCCGUUUGUCCCAGAGAGUCCCCGGUGGUUGAUGUCGAAAGGCCAUGACGCUCACGCCCUGGAGGUUCUCAUAGUCACUCAAGGCAAGGGCAAUCCCAACUCGGAGGUUGUCAAAUCUACCUUUGCAGAAAUUCAGGCCGCCAUGAUGUCGGAAAAGACUCAACUGCCUCAGAACCCAUGGAAAGAGAUCGUGUCUACUGCACCCAAUCGCAAGCGUCUCUUCAUCUUGUGCACAUUUGGAGUCAUGAUCAAUUCCUUUGGAAACUUUGUCGUCUCCUUUUACCUUGGCAAGAUCCUUGAUCAAGCUGGAAUCACCAACACCAAUACUCAGACGCAAAUCAAUGUCAUCUUGAGUUGCUGGUCAUUCGUAGUGGCUUGCAUCGGCAGCUAUAUGCUCGACGUGAUUGGGCGGCGCAAGCAUGCACUCGGCAGUGUUGCAGGCAUGAUCGUUUGUCUUUACCUGGUCGGAGGACUGAUCAAAGUAUACGGAGAAAGCACGAACAAGUCUGGCAUAUACGGGACCAUCGCCCUUAUCUUCCUCUUCCAAGGUUGUUAUGCCUUCUCGAUUACCCCCAUGACCUCCCUGUAUGCCACCGAAGUCUCUCAAUACAAGCUGAGGACAACGGGUAUUGCCAUUUUUCGCUUUUUCGACAGUGGAUUUGGCCUCAUGUCGUCAUUUGCGCUGUCGUACGCCAUGGAAGACCUUGGGUGGAAGUUCUACCUCAUCAACGCUUCGUAUAACAUCGUCUUCUUCGUGAUUAUCUACUUCAGCUGGGUGGAGACAAAAGGACUUCCCUUGGAAGAGAUUGCGCUCAAAUUCGAGGGGCCGACGGCUUUGAGUGGACAGAUGCUCUCAGAUGAAGCCUCUCCAGGGGAAGGAGACUUGAAACAGCCCGAGAAGCGGGACGGUGUGGUCACGACUCUCAGUCUUUGA